GAUGGCGACUGCGGCUUGGCGUCUGGGCUCCUCGUUCGCAAAGUGGGGACUCAGGCCCCUGGUGGCUCCGCUCGCGGGUCUCGUGUCCCAGCGGGCCUUCUCGGUGCUGCCCGUCGACGACGCGAUCAAUGGGCUAAACGAGGAACAGAAGCAGCUUCGCCAAACCAUGGUUAAGUUCCUUCAGGAACACUUGGCCCCCAAAGCACAGGAAAUUGAUCAGAACAACGAGUUCAAGAAUCUUCGAGAGUUUUGGAAGCAGCUGGGGGACCUGGGCGUCUUGGGCAUCACAGCCCCUGCUCAGUACGGCGGCUCUGGGCUGGGGUACCUGGAGCAUGUGCUGGUGAUGGAAGAGAUAACCCGAGCAUCGGCAGCAGUGGGGCUCAGCUACGGUGCCCACUCCAACCUCUGCAUCAACCAACUCGUGCGCAAUGGGAAUGAAGCGCAGAAAGAGAAGUACCUCCCCAAGCUGAUCAGCGGGGAGUACAUCGGUGCCCUGGCCAUGAGUGAGCCCAAUGCAGGCUCCGACGUCGUCUCCAUGAAGCUAAGAGCGGAGAAGAAAGGGGAUCAUUACAUCUUGAAUGGCAACAAGUUCUGGAUCACCAAUGGGCCCGACGCAGACGUCCUGAUCGUGUACGCCAAGACCGAUCCAGCCGCCGUGCCAGCUUCCCGCGGCAUCACCGCCUUCAUCGUGGAGAAGGGCAUGCCUGGCUUCAGCACCUCCCAGAAGCUGGACAAGCUGGGGAUGCGGGGCUCUAACACCUGUGAGCUGGUCUUCGAGGACUGCAAGAUUCCUGCGAUCAACAUCCUGGGCCACCUGAGUAAGGGUGUGUACGUGCUGAUGAGCGGGCUGGACCUAGAGCGGCUGGUGCUGUCCGGUGGGCCCAUUGGGAUCAUGCAGGCCGUCCUCGACCACACCAUCCCCUACCUGCACAUGAGGGAAGCCUUUGGCCAGAAGAUCGGCCACUUCCAGUUGAUGCAGGGAAAGAUGGCUGACAUGUACACCCGGCUCAUGGCCUGUCGGCAGUAUGUCUACAAUGUUGCCAAGGCCUGCGACGAGGGACACUGUACCCCUAAGGACUGCGCGGCUGUGAUCCUUUACUCCGCCGAGUGCGCCACGCAGGUCGCCUUGGACGGCAUUCAGUGUUUCGGUGGCAACGGCUACAUCAAUGACUUCCCCAUGGGCCGCUUUCUGCGAGAUGCCAAGCUCUACGAGAUUGGGGCUGGAACCAGUGAGGUCAGGCGGCUGGUCAUUGGCAGGGCCUUCAACGCUGACUUCCACUAGCCCCUGGACCCUCCCCUCCCAGCCCUUCCUCAGCACCUCGAAGCCUUUCUUUGGACAUGGAGACCUGGCAGCUCUCCCACCCUGCCCAAGGCGGCUCUGCAGACUGCGGCCCUCUGGUCAACCAGGAAAAGCACGCAGCUGCUCCAAGCGGACUCAGCAGGACGCAUAGCUUUCCUGGGAAUGGUUGGGAUAGGUUUGGGUGACUCUUGCCCCUGCUCGGCCCCUUCUGGGCCUGAUGCCACCGCCUGCAGAGCCGGCAUCUGGGGCAGGCUGUGCCAGUCUUCUUUUGGCUGGAAGCCAAGCAGAAGGCCCAGGGCCACCGGUCACCAGAAGCCACCUACCCAGUGGGAUUGGGAUCUAAGUGCCAGCGCGCUGGCGUUGGGCCUAACACUCCCCUCGCACACCCCUGGGCCCUCUUGGUUUGCUUGUGGAUAUCUGUGAUUCCCACUCCGCCCUCCCGGUUUUGACUGAUUCUAGCUGAAGAUGCCUUUCCCAUCCUCUAGUCUCGGGAAAGAAAAAUCCACGUGGCCCAUUUCCAUGUUGCA